AACCCCUCCUCCAGCUACUCACACAUCAACAUGGCGACGUGCAGAACGAUGGGGCGAAGCAGGAGACAUAUUUGUGCUCUUUCUCUGGUUAUUUUCCUCCAGCUGUUGGUCAGUGGCUGUCUGUCAGCUUCACUAAACAACAUCAACUCGACGACAGUACAAAGCCAAGGGAUUGAGGGCAGAAACCCAAUUCAAAAUGAGACUACAAGUUUUGUCACUGUGGACAAGAAAGCAAAUGACACUGUGCUGUCGCCUUCUCAACCGACUGUAGAGGCUGCCACAGUUCCAAAGAAGACUGCCACACCCGUUGGUAAUGACUCCAUGACAGCAGAAUCAGAGGCUCCUAAACACAACUCCACAAAAGCCAUUGAACCAAAAAUAACUGUAACUGAGAAUCAAGUCAUUGUUAUUGGAUCCUCUCAAAAUACACUGCCGCCCAUUGGCAACAAGGACUCAUUAAAAGAUGAAGUUACAGAAGACCCAUCAACAAAGCAGUCAAAAGACAAACCUGCUGUUUCUGAAACGACCACAACUUCUUCUCCCAAAGUACCCACCACCUCCGUCACAACCCCCGAAUCAGCAAAUCCUGUGAUGGAAAAGGAAGCUCUGGUCUCCGACGACAAAACCUCCAUCAUUCUGAAUCCGUCCACAGAACCUGAUCUAGACCUGCUGCCCACCACUGACAGAGGACAGACCCUCCAAAUCGAUCAGGACAGAUACAUCAGCGAUGACGACGAUGGCGAAGACGACACCUACAGUGACACGUACGAGAACAACAGCCUGAACCAGCUCAAAGAGCAGCCGGUGAGCAGGCUGCAGCCAGAGGAGGUGGAGGUGACGCGCUACAAGGGAGCGGACAGCUACAACACAGAGGACGAGGACUCCCACUUCUUUUUUCAUCUGGUCAUCCUGGCUUUCCUGGUGGCCAUCGUUUACAUCACUUAUCACAACAAGAGGAAGAUCUUCCUCCUGGCUCAGAGCCGGCGCUGGAAGGACGGUCUGUGUUCCCGCAACACCGUGGAGUAUCACCGCCUGGACCAGAACGUCAACGAGGCCAUGCCGUCCCUCAAGAUGACCCGGGACUACGUUUUCUGAUCCCCGUUCAGGAGAACAGUAUGCUGAGACCUGCACAGAGCCAGUUGGCCUUCCUUCCUGCCUGCCUGCCUGACCGGCCGCGAUGGAGCCUGAGCAAUGCCAUGGAGCCUGAGCGAUGCUUUCUGUUGCUUUACAGGCCAACUGGAGAGCACUGUGUCUUUGGGAUAGAUUAUGUUGGUUCAGGACUUUUAUUUUGUCAGCAUAGAGAGAUUUUCACAGUUUAUCUUUUAUUAUUAUUUGAUACAUUAUGGUUUUUUCUCAAUUAUGGAUUUUUGGGAUUUAAUAUUAUGGUCUAGUAGGUGUUUUAUUUGUUAUUGUUAGGAGUCUUUUAGCCUUGAUGCUCACUUUAAAAUUAAGAGAAACUUAGGUCAUAAUUUAAUGCUUAAUUCAUUAACAGUUGAUCAUUUACCCCAAAGAUUUCUCUCUGAGAAGUUAGUCGCGAUAACAAUUGACACACAAAACAUUUGCUUUUUGAAGCGUUGAUUUGCGCUUACUUUAACAUUGUAAAAUGUUAAAAAUAAACACUUGAGCAGAAACACAUAAAACACAGUCCUUCGUGUUGAAAAUGGUCUGUUUGUCACGGAUCUUACUGUAAGAAUAUUAAGUAAACCAUUAAGAAAAACACGUUGUGCAUCACGUAGAAGGAAUUCGAUCAUUUUACAUUCCCUGAAAUUUAAAAUAUAGGACAUAUUUAUUUUCAACUGUUUAACCAUCAGCCUUGUUUCCUGUUGCACAUUUGCAAAGAAAUCCAUAAUAGCCUUUUCAUUUUGAAUUCACAUUAUGUAUGGGAUGUAAAAUCUCUAACACAUGUUGGCAUGUUACGCUGCACAUUAGGGAGGAUGACUCUUCAGGUGGGGGGACUGUCCAUCUGCUAAGCCAUUUGAAUAAAGACGGAUGGUGAAUAAUGUUAAAAUUGUUAGAAUGUUCUCAUAUAAUGAAUGGGAGAAAAGUUUUCCCUUGUUCAUCACUUUAUAUUUGACUUGUCUACGGUAUCUCUUCUACUGCCCAGAUUUUGCUAUGCAUAAACCCUCGGGCUGGCCCCCUUUGUUUUAUGACUUCGGUGAAGUCUCUACAAAUCAUUCAUGUUCAAAAUAUUACCGUUGUGUUCCCUCAUGCUCACACAGAAAUGUUAAUUUAGUUACUUCCUGUCAGAGUACCGUUUGGUGCACUGCUAUCUCUGUUUGCCAGAUACACUCUGUGUGGCUCACUUGAUAAAAAAAUUACAAAAAAUCACAACUUUAUUUCUUAUUUAUUACAGCCACAUGUUUUUCUGACUGUUGCCAUCUCAUGCCUUUAAUUGCCACAACUGCCACAUGAAUCCACAUUUUAGUUUUAAAGCUCUUGUCACUUAUGGCAGUUUUCAGCGGUCCGUUCGUAUUUAAAGGUACAGAGUGGUUAGAAUUGUAAUGCGUUUUGGACUGUGCCGUUCAGUCGUAUGCUCUCGAACAUGAGGGGAGAUGUCCAGCGUAAAGGAGAUGCAUCAACACUGCUAUUGCAAUCAACAGUAGAAGCUGUACAAUCUCUUCUUUUGUCAAUAAAGCACAAAUUGUGUAGAGUC